AUGAAAACACUUUCAACAGAGGAUGAAAGCGAUGAUGAGACCGAGGAUCUGCCAGUCUGCAACGGCUAUGCCGAGCUCUGCACGCGCCGAUACGGCGACGUCACCAUGGUGGGCACACACAAUUCAGCUUUUGUACAGCGCAACAGUCUGGCUGCCAACCAGGAGCUUUCUGUGCACGACCAGCUUGAUGACGGAGUCCGUUUCCUGCAGGCUCAGAUGCACUGGGCGCGAAACGACUUGGAGCCGCAUUUCUGCCAUACGUCCUGUGAUCUUCUCGAUGCUGGCCCCAUCACAGACUGGCUUGGCCAGGUCAAGGACUGGGUGGAGCGCCAUCCUCGUGACGUGGUCACGAUCCUGUUAGGAAACGGAAACUACGCGAGGCCCGAAAUGUAUGCACCGUACAUUGAGUCCACUGGGCUGGUUGAUUUCGCAUACGCCCCGUCAAACCCGCCAGUGAAUCUGCAAGACUGGCCGACUCUGGGAAAGAUGAUUGACAGCAGACAACGUGUGGUAAUGAUGCUGGACUACAAAGCCGACGAGACUGUCUAUCCCUGGCUGCUGGAUGAGUUCAGCUACAUGUGGGAGACGCCCUUUGACCCGCUUAUCAACUCGGGCAUACCGUGCUCUACACAACGACCGCCCAACCUGUCCGAUGAGCAAGCCAGCAACAUGCUAUACCUCUUGAAUCACAACAUCAACAUCGAAGUCUCAUUAGCGGGGCAGUCUGUUCUGAUCCCGGCUGUUUCCAUUGCCAACCAAACCAAUGCUGCCACUGGGAGAAACAGCCUGGGCGAGACGGCCGAGAAAUGUCGCGAAGAGUGGACGCGGCCACCAACAGUGCUCAAUGUGGACUACUACAACCACGGUCAUCCGCCUGGGUCUGUCUUUCAGGUGGCCGCCAGAAUGAACCGUGUCACAUACAAUACGACGUGUUGUAGGAAAGCAAGAACGUCGGGUGCUAUCCAUUCCGUAGCCUUGUCUCCGGCAGCCUUGGGGCUGGUGGUCAUUAUGACCGUUCAAUUUUUUAUGUAG